CUGCAAAGGGCUGUACUCUACAGCACACACGGCUGUGUUAUCGCCGCUUGUGCUUGUCACACAUUUCUCUCUCUUUCAAAGGCAAAGCAGUCCGCUCAUUACAGGAGAGUGGAGCUUGUCCACGGAUGUCAAAGGACCUAAACCACUUGUCGGUUUUCUGGUUUAUUUUGUCGACGAGCAUUUUUUUUUUGAUUUUUUAGAUAUGAGCCAGUGCGACUUUUUAUUGAAGCUCGCCAGCAGCAGGUGUGUGUGAGAUCGGGAAUUGGAGCAAAGGGUGGCGGUGAAUAUGGAGCUGUCAGAUGGCUUGUUGCUGCAGGUCAACAAUGGAGAGCAGUGGUGUAACCGCUGGAAACAUCCCAACGAAGACUCCGACCGGAGCACCAGCCCCUCUGUGCUGCGUUCGGUUGCCAGGACGUGGAAGGAGGGCCUGUUGAACAGAAAGAGGCCCUUUGUGGGCCGAUGCUGCCACUCCUGUACUCCACAGAGCUGGGAUCAGCUGUUCAACUCCAGUAUUCCCUCCCUGGGCCUGCGUAACGUCAUCUACAUCAAUGAGACCCACACUCGACAACGGGGCUGGUUGGCACGGCGACUGAGCUAUGUGCUGUUUGUUAUGGAGAGAGAUGUCCACAAGGACAUGUUCACCAGGAACGUGGUGGACAAUGUGCUCAACAGCAGCAGGGUGGAGGAUGCUAUUGGGAGUGUCGCUGCUGAUCUGGAUGCUGCACAGAGCCUACCUGUCCAGGAGCUCAAGGCUGUCAGUAAAGUGAAGCAGAAGGCCAGAGCUUUCCUCCAGGAGAUGGUGGCCAACAUCUCACCAGCCUUUAUCAGGCUGACAGGAUGGGUGCUCCUGAGGCUGUUUAAUGGUUUUUUUUGGAGCAUCCAGAUCCACAAAGGACAGUUGGAAAUGGUCAAGAAGGCGGCUACAGAGCAAAAUCUGCCCAUGGUCUUCCUCCCUGUUCAUAAAUCCCACAUCGACUACCUUCUCAUCACAUUGAUCCUGUUCUGUCACAACAUCAAAGCUCCCCACAUUGCAGCGGGAAACAACCUCAGCAUCCCGAUCCUCAGUACUGUGAUCCGUAAACUUGGAGGAUUUUUCAUACGGCGCAGAAUGGAGGAGACCGGGGAUGGAAAGAAAGACGUUUUGUACAGAUCUCUUCUUCAUGCAUACACAGAAGAAUUGUUGCGUCAGCAGCAGUUUUUAGAGGUCUUCCUGGAGGGGACUCGGUCCCGCAGUGGAAAGCCAUUUCCAGCACGUGCAGGCAUGCUGUCCAUCGUGGUUGACACCCUGUGGACGGGGGCCAUUGGAGAUGUUCUGGUGGUGCCAGUUGGCAUCUCGUAUGACCGCAUCAUCGAGGGGAACUACAAUAGUGAGCAGCUGGGCAAACCCAAGAAGAACGAGAGCUGGUGGGGAAUAGCAUGUGGCGUGUUUAGGAUGCUGAGGAAGAACUACGGUUGUGUUCGAGUCGAUUUCAAUCAGCCUUUCUCCCUAAAGGAGUACCUGGACUCCCAGAGGAGUCGUCAUAUUCCACCACCUGUGUCUAUGGAAAACGCCUUGAUUCCUAUCAUCAUCUCUUCACAGCCUGACUGUCAGUUGUUUGAAGGACAAGAAGAGGAACAGAUGGAUGGAGAGCUUCCUGCAGAGAUCUUUAGACGGCAGCUCAUCAACAACCUAGCCAAGCAUGUUCUCUACACGGCUAAUAAGUCAUCAGCAAUAAUGUCGACCCACAUUGUGGCCUGUCUGCUGCUCUAUCGACACAGACAGGGGGUGGUGCUGUCCAAGCUUGUGGAGGACUUCUUUAACAUGAAGGAGGAGAUCCUGUCGCGGGACUUUGACCUGGGCUUUUCGGGGAACUCUGAGGAUGUGGUCAUGCGUGCCCUCCACCUCCUGGAAAACUGCGUCAACGUGACCAGCAGCUCCAAUCGUAACGGGGAGUUUACCAUCGCUCCUGCGCAAACUGUGCCAGCACUUUUUGAGCUCAACUUCUACAGCAACGGCCUUUUCCAUGUCUUCAUCUCUGAUGCAAUCAUUGCCUGCAGCAUCCUGUCUCUGCAGCGAGAGCUGCUGAUGGAGUCAGAGUCUGGACACCCACCUAAAGACUCCCACAGUCUCCCCCUCAGCCAGGAGCGACUCAUCCGCAAGGCUGCUGGUCUCUCUGAGUUCCUUAUCAAUGAGGUGGCCAUGGCGCCUCCCUGCCUGACGGUUUACCAAGUUUUCCACGAUGCAGUGACCCGACUGAUCCAGUAUGGUGUCCUCUAUGUAGCAGAAGAGGAUCAGGAGGAACUGAGUUCCAGCCCAUCAGAGGAACCAUGGCCUAAAAAGUUCUCUGAGCCCCUUUCCUGGAGAAGCGAUGAAGAGGAUGAGGACAGUGACUUUGGAGAGGAGCAAAGAGAUCGCUACCUAAAGGUGAGCGUUUCUGCGGAACACCAGGAGUUUUUUGGUUUUCUUCAGCGACUGCUUAGCCCGGUGUUGGAGGCCUACAGUGGAGCUGCAGUCUUUCUGCACAGCCUGAGUCAGCCCAUCUCAGAGUCUGAAUACACCCAGAGGCUCUUCAGGUUCCUGCUCACACGGACGGAGAGAGGAGUGGCUUCUUAUGGUGAAAGCGCAACUCAUUAUCUGGUAAAGAACACGGUGAAGACCUUCAAAGAGCUUGGGGUGCUGAAGGAGAAGAGGGAAAACAAGGUGACGAUUCUGGAGCUCAGCAGCACUUUUCUACCUCAGGCCAACCGGAACAAACUCCUGCAGUACAUUUUAGGUUUCACCCUGAUGUGACCCUUCAGACGCCAGGCUCCUUCUGUUCAAAGGGCUUCUACUGGUUACUUCUAACAAUCCCAGGUGCUACUCUGUGGAAAGCUUUACCAGGAAGUGCCUUCACUUAAUAGCCGCUAACUAUUAGCUGUUAGCCGGGAGAGACUUAAAGCCAGUCUGCUUUCUUUUCUUUUCAGUCAGCUGGCUGAAAAAUGUAAUAAUCCAUGAAGAGGUAACUCCAGGAACCAUAUCUUAUUCGAGAAUGUUGCCAACAAAGUGAAAAUCUUUCGAAACCGUGACUAUUUUUAACUGUAAAAAUGCAAAGUCAAGCAGGCUAGAAAAAGAAGCAAUCACUUUUAAAGCAAUCCAAACAACGAAAGCUGCCUUUCAAGUAAACAGCAGCAUUUUUACGUUAACCUUUUCUGCAAGUUAGAACAAACUGCUUUAAUCUCUUUUAGUGCACUUUAAUAUCGAACAGUAAAAAAUGUUAUGUAGUUACAAGAAAUGUAUGUUUUUAAAAGCAAAUCCUUGUAAAUAGGUCUUAGUCAUGGUGCGUAGAAAUAUCGGCACCACGGUGUGAUCAGGUUUGUCAUAUCUGACUAAGACAUCGCUGAGCUAAAGUGUACAUAUUCACUUUAUCGUGAACAAAAAUCAGAUUUUUUGUGAGUUUGCUGGUUAUAGUAAAGUGCAUUUGAACCGCUGAUCUCUAAGUGCAUUCAGCUACACUUUUCAUCAAGAGUCUUUCAGUGAUCCUUCUGCUACUUUUAAUGAAUGUCACAUUGUACAGCAUGUAAAGUACGUAGUACCAGCUAUGACAUCCACCUGCAUUAAAAUGCAACAAACCCUUAGGUCAUGUUUUCAGGGAGAGGAAGUGUUUAAGGUUAACAUCCACCGCUGUGCUGCGGUAGUUGGGAAACCAUAAAAGUGUACAAUAAGGUCAAAAUAACAAAUGCACAGCAGGUCAAGUCUUUAAAAACUUGUGCAGGCAAGUUGGUGUUUCCUGAAUGAGAUGCAAAGAUUAGGAAAAACAAACUGAAGGAUGAGUGGAAGUAACACACACACACACACACACACAAAUGCUUAAUUUGACCAAACUAGAAAAUUUUCUAAACUCCAGUAAAUAAUUUGUGAUCAUUUUGCUUGUUUCUUUUUAGAUGGAUUGAAAAACACGGCUGCUUAACACAUUUCCUUUUAGUUCUAAAUCUUUUUUCAAACUAACUUGAAUGUAAAAUAUUCGACCCUUGAGUGUACAGAUCUGACAGAAGGAAGUGUUUCAAAGGUUAAAUCAAAUGCGAAUCCUUAUUGGGUUACUGCUCGUACACAGGUAAUAUAAGUACAUACAGAGAUUAAUUUAAUUUUUUCUACCAGUGCUUGAAGUACUGCUGGUGUUAACAAACAUCGUUAUUAAUUAUUUAAAUUGUGUAAAUUUCCUUUUUGCUUUUUCUAAAGCCUCUUGUCAAAUCUAAAGUAUGUAGCAGAGCAACACGAGCACGAUGAACAGGUGUGUAUGUAUCGUAUAGAGAGAACCCUUGUUGAAACUGUUGUUGGAGCUUUACCGCGUUUCUGAGCCCACUCACUGUUACAAGUCCCCCCAACAUGGGACCCCUGCAGCUGGCCAGGACCCAACCACGUACAUGUACUGUGCUGCACGUUCCCUCUGGCUGCCCUUUGCUCUUCAACCUAACCUUAACCUGAGAACGGUGUGUUGUAGUCAAAAUAAAAGCAUUUUAAAAAAUGAACAGAGACAGCUGUGAACCCUGAAUGUAACUCACGAGUCUCCGAAAAGGCCAGUGUGAUGGUAAGCUAAUGGAAGGCAGUGGUACUAAUGUGAUGACCACCUCACCAUAAUAAUAUUUGUAAAGAUGAAGAAAACAAGGCUGGGGAACAGUUGCCUUUAAACAUGUUCCUUGGUUUUUGAUUUUGUUGUUGUUUCUGAUUGUGUGCAUGUUAACUGUAACUUCAUUUAUGAAUCAAAAAAGAAAAAUGUAGAUUUUAACUGAAAAAACCCAGAAUCUGUCAAUCCUUUAAGAAGAAUCACCAGCUGUUAAAAAAGGUUGGGGAUUUUUUUUGUUGCUUUUUGAAGCAAAGCACAAUUGGCAUCAUUAGAUGUUUUUAAAUAAAUGAGUGAUUAACUAUG